CAGGAUUAGGUUUUGGUUAAUACGAUUAAUAGCCUCGACUCCCAUUGGUAGAAAGGCGGCACAGGGAUGGCAAGCAUUGACGUAUGGCUAAAUAUCGUUCACACCUGGAACUGAACUGAUGGCGAUUAAAAAAAAAAAAAAUCCUCCACCAGCCAAAGACUUUAAUCUGCCUACAUCGGAAGAGGCACUACUAGAGCGCUUUGCCGCCGAGGUUUCCAAAUCGAAAAAGAGGGCGGUCCUGCUUCCCGUGGUCGGGCCACAUGGUCCCGCCUCCAGGUCGCCUAUGGGCGGGCAUGCUCAGGUCUGGCUCGCUCGCUGAAAUCCCGCCCUGUGGGGAGCGUCACUAGCCGGGUUGAAAUGCACACACGGCGGAAGAAACAUCCGCCCGCCCGCAGUUAACAGGCUGCAAGGCAGCGCGUGGGCUUGCAUCCGACCAGCGGCGUCGGGGUCCAGAGCUAGCGAGGAAGGGACGCGCGAUGUGUCGGCCAGCUCUGACCAGGCUGCUUCUCUUGCAUCUGCUCCUGAUCAAGCUCCACAGCGCCAAAGGCUCCGGGAAGGAGUGCGAAGAGAACCAGUUUCAGUGCCGGAACGAGCGGUGCAUCCCUUCCAUUUGGAAAUGUGACGAGGAUGAUGAUUGCUUGGAUAAUAGCGACGAAGCAGACUGCCCCAAGAAGACCUGUGCAGAGUCUGAUUUUACCUGCAACAAUGGUCACUGCAUCCCAUCUAGAUGGAAGUGUGACGGUGAGGAGGAAUGUUCAGAUGGAUCGGAUGAAUCUGAAUUGAUAUGCACCAAACAAGUAUGUCUAGCUGAAAAAAUUAGCUGUGGAGACUCCAGCAAUAAAUGCAUUCCUGCAUCUUGGAAAUGUGAUGGAGAAAAAGACUGUGAAAGUGGAAUUGAUGAGGCUGGUUGCACUAACUUGUGUUCUUCAAGUGAAUUCCAGUGCAGCAACAAGACCUGCAUAGCCACCAUCUUUGUCUGUGAUGGUGAUGAUGACUGUGGUGAUGGCAGUGAUGAGAGGAAGUGCCCUCCCUUCACAUGCAACCCCAAUGAAUUCCAGUGCAACAAUAGCCUGUGCAUCCCGCAGAUUUGGGUCUGUGACAAACAGCCUGAUUGUGAGGACCUCUCAGAUGAGUCCAUGGAGAAGUGCGGGUACAAACUCAAACCACAGAUCACGAGCACCUGUGCAGCACAUGAGUUCCAGUGUGGCAAUGGGGAAUGUAUCCAUUUGAACUGGAAAUGCGAUGGAGACGAAGACUGCAAAGACAAGUCAGAUGAACAAGAUUGUUCGUUGGUGACCUGCAGCCCUGAUGAAUUCCAGUGUGGUGAUGGGACCUGUAUCCAUGGAGCUAAACAGUGCAACAAAGUGCAUGACUGCCCUGACAACAGUGAUGAAGCUGGCUGCGUUAAUGAAGCGGCAUGCGAGAGUCCCACCAAAUUUCAAUGUAAAAGUGGAGAGUGCAUAGAGGAAGUCAAGGUGUGCGACUCACACAGGGACUGCAGGGACUGGUCCGAUGAGCCUCUAAAAGUUUGUGAUGUGAAUGAAUGUGCCCUGAACAAUGGUGGUUGCUCCCACAUUUGCAAGGACUUGAAGAUUGGCUAUGAAUGUGAAUGUCCUCCUGGAUACAAGCUUAUGGACAAGAAAACGUGUGGAGAUAUAGAUGAAUGUGAGAAUCCAGAUGCGUGUAGCCAGAUCUGCAUUAACUACAAGGGGGACUAUAAAUGUGAAUGUUAUGAUGGUUAUGAGAUGGACACCCUGUCUAAAAACUGCAAAGCCAUAGGAAAGAGCCCAUACCUUGUUUUCACAAACCGCCACGAAGUACGCAAGAUUGACCUGGUGAAAAAGGACUACUCUCGCAUCAUUCCCAUGCUGAAGAAUGUGGUUGCUUUGGAUGUGGAAGUGGCAACCAACAGGAUAUACUGGUGUGAUUUAUUCUACAGGAAGAUAUACAGUGCCUACAUAGAUAAGGCCAGUGACACAGCUGAGCAGAUGGUUCUGAUAGACAGCCAGUUACACUCCCCGGAAGGUCUGGCAAUGGAUUGGGUCCACAAGAAUAUUUAUUGGACGGAUUCUGGAAACAAGACCAUUUCUGUAGCCACAGCUGAUGGGCGUAAGAAGAGGACACUUUUCAGUACUAACUUAAGUGAACCUAGAGCUAUUGCAGUGGAUCCCAUACGGGGAUACAUGUAUUGGUCUGACUGGGGAGACAUAGCAAAAAUUGAGAAAUCUGGCUUGAACGGUAUGGAUCGGCAAGUGCUUGUGACAGACAACAUUGAAUGGCCCAAUGGAAUCACACUGGAUUUACUGAAUCAACGUCUCUACUGGGUUGAUUCCAAGCUGCACUUGCUUUCAAGUAUAGAUUUCAACGGGAGCAACCGAAAAGUUCUCAUCUCGUCUGAGGAUAACCUGAGUCACCCAUUUGGACUGGCUGUGUUUGAGGACAGGGUAUUCUGGACAGACUUAGAGAAUGAGGCAAUCUUCAGUGCUAAUAGGCUGAACGGUCUAGACAUUUCUGUUUUGGCAGAGAACCUCAAUAAUCCUCAUGACAUUGUAGUUUUUCAUGAGCUAAAGCAACCUAAAGCUCCAGAUGUUUGUGAACUUCAUUCUCUGCCAAAUGGAGGGUGUGAACACCUGUGUUUGCCUGCACCACAAAACUUUCCACACUCACCCAAAUAUACAUGUGUUUGUCCAGACAACAUGUGGUUAGGCCCUGACAUGAAAAAAUGCUAUAAAGAACUUCCAGCUACCUCAACUGAUUUGCCUACUACUGCUGCUACUCCUACCACAUCAAGAAGUUACCUUCUGAACUUCACAGCUAUUACUACUGGCAAUAUGACUACCACAACUGACAAUGUUAGUACGGAAGGAUCAGAAACUACAGCACAAAUCGUUCUUGGCAUGACAAGCCUUCAUUCGAUCACAAUGACAUCCAGCCCAGCAGACAGUAAAAUAGCAGCAGGAAAUAGCAAUCUCUUCCAGCACUAUGCUAACAAUGGCCAGGCUUUUGGAUCAACUGUGAUGGCAGCUGUUAUCGGAAUUGUUGUUCCUAUUGUGGUGAUUGGCUUAGUGUGCACAGGUGGGUAUCUCAUCUGGCGAAAUUGGAAGAGGAAAAAUACAAAAAGCAUGAAUUUUGAUAAUCCUGUGUACAGGAAGACUACAGAAGAAGAGGAUGAGGAUGAAAUCCAUAUUGGGCGAACAGUACAGAUUGGACACGUGUACCCUGCACGUGUGGCAUUAAGUCUAGAAGAUGAUGGGCUACCAUGAGGAAUAAACCAUGGUUAAUGGAUCGAAAGAUAUGCACUGAACCUAUCUACUGUGGCUAAUGGAAUCCACCCUCUUCUCUUUCCUUCUCCUCUCCUUUAUAUUUAUGUUGCAAAAGGGUAACCACAAAGUUGUAACGAACUGCAAACAUCCAAAGGAUGUGAGAGUUUUGUAUGUAUAAUCUUUUAUACACCCUUUUAACUUCUUGCACUAUCCAUCUGUAAUAGUGAGAAGCCUACUCUACUACUGAAUGCUGCCAGUCCAAUCCAAGGAUCAGCAGCUGACACAUCGUUUCUAAAAAUUAUAUUUAUAGAUGUCUUGUAAAUAUGUCAGGCAUACUUUGUGGCUGUCUUAUCAAUAUAGAGACAGAAAGAGAGAUCUGUAUAAACCAUUUAGACUAUUUAUUAACAAAUUCUGAAUAUCAAUUUUAAGCUGUACAUAUAUGUAGAGGACAAGAGUAUUUAUAUUUUUUUUUUACCUUUGAUUCGUAUUGCAGAGAAAAUUUGAAUAUCUAUCAAGGCUGGAUAGGUAUCUAGACAUUCACAUCUAUAAAUAUACAUAUAUGAAUAUAUUUUAGAAAGAAUAGCUCAACUCUAUGGGAAGUAGAGUAAUUUAAUUCUUAAAGGAUGUUUAGUGAAAACUUGGCUACAAAGUCUAAAGCCGCUGAGUGAGAACUAUAGAUGUUACAAUAAGAUAAUCCAAAAAAUGCUCAAGAAACAAAGUGUUCCCAUCAUGAACAAACCAAACUGCAGAUAAUCCUCAACAUACAACUACUAUUUCCACUGCAAAGCAAUUAAGUGAGCUGAGCGUGAUUUUAUAACCAUUUUUGCCACUAUUGUUAAGUGAAAUCACUGCAGCUGAUCAGUGAAUCUGACUUCCCCGUUGACUUUGCUGGGCAGGUGGCAAAUGGCAAUCACAUGACCUUGGGAUGCUGCAAUCACAUGACCCCGGGUUGCUGCAAUCCUCAUAAAUUGCCAGUUGCCAAGCACCAAAAUUUUGAUCCUGUAAUUGUGGGGAUCCUGCAAUAGUCCUAAGUGCAAGGAUCAGUUGUAUAUCAAUUUUUUUUCCAGUGCUGUCGUAAUUUGGAACCGUCGCUAAACAAAUGGUUGUAAGUCAAGGACUACCUGUGCCUGAAAAGUAGACCAGCGCAUGGCUCUGACGCUUGCACAUCCCAGCAAAGGCAGAGUUCUCAUGCCACCCAUGAGCCCCUUGCAUAGAUUUCCCCAUCUGCUUUAUCAGAAAGAAUAUUUGUGCUCCUAAAGGCCGGGUGAACAGAGGUACCCUUUUUAAGUAAAUGGAGAAGCUCAAAACAUCGCUACACGCAUUGCCCUAUAAAAAUGGGGACAGUGCCUAUAAAUCCCAAAUCAUUAACCUGGCAAGAUAUAAGCAAAUUUAAGAUGCCAUCUGUAGUACAGUUUCUAAGAAAACGGAUCAUUAAAUCAGUGAGCACUCUUCAAAGUAAUCAUAUAUUGGUUAGCCUUAUUAAUUUUUAAGCUAUAAAGCUUAAUUUUUGCUUCAAAAAAAGUGUUCACCAAAUAUACCUAAUUUUCUUUUAGAGCUUAUUUAAUGAAUGUAAGAAAGGGUUCCCCCCCAGUGUGUUACCUGUGCAGAACAAUUCUAAGUAUGUUUUUAAAAAGUAAAUCACAUGGAGUUCAGUGAGACUUGCUUCUUUUUACUCUUAAGUGGACAUAAGAUUAUGGAAACACUGGUUUUAGUGGGCUGGAGACAUUGGCCGCUAUUCCAAAUAUAUGGGAUCAGUUUUAAGCCAAAUCUGAUGAAAUUAUUAUUAUAGGUAACUAUAAGCAAAUAAAAGUCAUUGUUCUGCUAAUAAUCUUUGCUGUUAAUUCAAAUUAGUGGAACUAAUGAUCCAAGAUUAUAGUCCUUUUGUCUGGAAUGAUCAUUCCCCAUUUAUUCACAGCUUAUAAAGAAUUAAAGUGAAGUUGAUGACAUCAAAGCGUAUAAUAUGCAGAGGUCGGGGAAGAAGUGGUAUUAAAAAGAUUGCACCAACUUGUCCUCUUGCUGUAUGAAUAGCACAAAUGUUGUUUUGCUAUUCGGGGUACCCUAUGCUUUUAAUUUAAGUUUCUGAUUUGCAGAUAUUACUGUUUCAUUGAAUCUUGUUAAUUACAUUUUGGUUGUUUAAUUGCACUUUCUCUUAAUUAGCCUAAAGUAAUUUUCUCUUCCUGUGGGAAAUUGUAUUUCCCUUAUAAAUUUCCCAAGUAAAUGAUUAAAAGAGAGGGGAAAUGCAGAGCUGUACUAAAUAAUAAUAAUAAAUCCAGAAACUGGUCUUGGAGCAAUUAUAUAGUGGUUACAAAAGAAGCAAUUGAUAAUUGCAAUAAGAAAUUGGAUAAAUUUUCCAACCACAAGCAACUGGAAGCAGUAAAACAUACUUGGCCUUAAACAAGAAACUUUGAAUUACAAUUGGAAGGGAUUUUUGCCACCAUUCACAGGACUACAUUGUAAGGAAGCAUUAUUGAAGAAUUUGGAUCAUGAUAAAAAAACUGUUCAGGUAGUAUAGUGCUGUAUUAAGUGUUGCUUGGAUCUGCCAUAUUUAAUUCAAUUUUCAGCUAAUUAUAGUAGAGAACUCUAGAGGGGAAAAAUCCAUAAUUUAGGCAAGUCAAAGUGGCACAUCCUUAUUGGUAUAAUAAAGGUAUUAUAUGGUCAGUGGGCCCACUUAUUUAUUUGGAUUUUGCUGUGGAUCCAGUUGUUGAACAACAACAUUUGAUCUGAUUGUACUCAGAUGAAAAGCACAAUAGUGUAAAGCAUAGGACUGAUAAUGGUAUCCCAAAGGACCACUUCUGAGUAUUUAACUAAACAAUCUCUCAACCUCCCUGGAACUCAUUUUUUUAUCCUAAAAGUUGUAGUUACCAGAGAGCUUGGAUGUAUUCCUGAAUAUUUUUUUUCCCAGCUGAUGUGGGUUAAUGGAAAGGACCAAAAGGAUCCACUUUAUCUGGAUCGGCAUCCUGAAAAAUACAUGUCCCAGAAUAAUUCCAGAGGUUUUUUUUUAAUAGACAGGUUAAUUUACUGUAAAAAGUAAAUGCCAGGCCAUGACAUUAACUAGAGAGCAUAAAUCUACAUGGGGAUCAUGGGGGGCAUGUGACAAAAAAGAAAAUGCACAAUGUCAUCAUGACCCAAACAACUAUGACUUACAUAUAUUUGUGCCAGACAUCAGGACACUAGUGCACAAAACUGGGUUUUGCCUGUCAUUGCAUAUGUCAUGUCAUUUUCCCAUGAUUGUGGCUAUUGCAGAUACCAGUGCCAGGCUUAGCUGAACAGGGAUUUGCAAUCUUGUUAAAAUUCCUUAAUUUUGGUACUCUGAAUAGCUAUUUGUGUGCACUAGUUCACUGAGCUGUGAAACUGAAGAUUGCUGUAUAACUAUUUUUUGCCUAGUAUCUCUUAGAAAUAAUUAAAUGUUCAAUCAUUCUUAUGAAUAAGCAAUAUCUACAGUACAAGCAGAGCAGUUCUAAUAGGUGGCUAUUAUAUCUCCUCUGUUCUGCCAGGUAGUCUUGAAUUGCAACUUUUGUACAGUAUAUGAAUCACUGUAAUACUGGAUUGGUUUAAAAAAGAUUCUGCCUUUCAUAGAGUCAAUUUCAUAACAAAUGGAACUUUUGUUUGAAAUAUAAUGAUACAAAGACAAUCUUGUACUUUCACAGAUGUCAGAGAUUUUCUUUGCAAACAAAACAGAUGGUCUAAUGGUUGCAAAAUUGCUUCCAGCUUACAUGAUGACAUGUAUACACAGAGAGUAUCUCAUGUUUAUGAUGGCUGUUCAACUAUUUUACACACACACAAACACACACACACACACAUAUAUAUAUAUAUACAUACACACACAUACAUACAUGCACACAAACACAUUCAUUGAUGUAAGUCAUAAUAUUCAAGAUGACUCUCUAAUAAUGGGAAGUCAUCCCUUGAUGACAAAUACCAAUAUGCCUAAACUGGUCCUUCACGUUAAGGAUAAGUGAGAGAGAAGUUAAAAGAGUAUAAUAAAAUCUGCACCUUGCAAAGUUUAUUCAGUUUGCUGCUUGUUUAUAAUGGGUAUUGAGAAGAAAGGAUGUCCUAUUUCUUCUGCUAGAUUUUGAGAAUAGACGCUUUAGAGUCAAAUACACACUUCUGAAGAAAGAUGUAGAGGGAAAAGAAAAUAUUUAAAGCUGCUCUACUCAGUUACUACAAAACCAUGCACUGUGUGCAUGAAUAAAAUUAUAAAAAGAAGUAAAAGGCUUUGUAUCUAAUAACUGUAACUAACCUCAAACUGUAUAUAGAUUUGAGUAAUUUACCAUUUUGAUACUUUUUUUAAAAAAAAAGUAAAAGAUUGUAUAAAUCCUAUGUAUAAUGAUGGAAUUUUUCUCCAAACCGUUGUGAAUUACUCUGUUUUCCUGAUUUCCAAUAUGACAGGUUUGUAAUUACAUCGAGUUGAUAAUCAAAUUUUCCUUAAAAUAAAAAUAUUUUCAAUACAGAACUGGGAACAUUAAAAAUUUGUUUAUCACUGUACAAUAAUCAUUUUUGAGCUUUGUCUUGUCACAAUGAAAUUCCAUUAGAACGCAGCGCUCUCGUUUGGUGCCUUUUCUGUUUGUUUUUAUUCUGAACAAAUAGUCUAGGGCAGUGCUUUUCAACCUUAGUAACUUUAAGAUAUGUGGACUUCAAACCCUGGAAUUCCCUAGCCAGUAUGCUGGUAGGGGAAUUCUGGGAGCUGAAGUCCACAUAUCUUAAAGUUGCCAGGAUUGAGAAACACUGGGUUAAGGAUAUGGAGAAGGGAGGACUCUGCUGUUUCUGAUACUUACAUCCAUAGGGGAUAUUGAAAAACCAAAUGAAUACAUUUGUAACUGUUUCUAUAGAGAUAUUAAAUUUUUUUAUUGACUAUU